AUGGGGCAAAUUCUUGAGAAAUUCAAAGGUAAGGACUGGAAAGAGAAACAGAUACGGCUUAUUACAGACAGAGUUUUCGAUAGUUUGAAGAAUGACACUGGAAGGGCUACUCUGACAUUCGAAGAGCUUUAUAUUGCUGUUUUACUUGUAUUCAAUGAUCUUAAUAAGCGUUUGCCUGGUCCACAUUUUGAUCCUCCUACAAAGGAGCAAGUUAGGAACUUGAUGCAGGAAUGUGACAUAAACCUCGACGGUGAGUUGAAUCGUGAAGAGUUCACAAAAUUUAUACGCCAAAUUACAAAAGACACGUUUAUCAGUGUGAGUCAAGGAUUGAUCAUCACACUAGCUGUUGCCCCAACAGUGGCUUUGCUAACGAAAAGGACGACAGAGAACGUGCCGGGUGUGGGGAAAGUGGUUCAGAAAAUACCGAAUUCGGUUUAUGCGUCACUCGUGACCCUUGUGAUCGUUGCUUUUCAACAAGGUGCAGAGAGAGCAUGA